UAAGGGGAGGGACCCUUUUCCUAGUCACGCGACAUUAGAGCUGCCCGCGGAUUGGCUGUUAUCGCGUUCAGCUAGAAAGGAGGUGUGUAUCCAGCUUGGGCUUCAGUUUUCUGCCCGCCUCCUUUUACGUUAUUGCGGAGCGACGUUGCCGGACAGUUAACGUCAUCUAGGAGCGCCGAGCAGCUUCGCUGAAAGUAAGGGUGUCGUGCUGAGCCCUAGCUAACCGGAUGGCCCUGUGGGCACUGACCCGCGCUCUGCGCUCUCUGAGCCUGUCGCCCCUGACCGUCGCCGCGCCUGUCCCAAGUCUGUUCCCCGCCGCCCAGAUGACGGACAGUGCCCUCCUCCAACAGCCCUCUGUCUUGAUGUUGCUCCCCUGCCGCCCAAUCCUUACUUCUGUGGCCCUUAAUGCCAACUUUGUGUCCUGGAAGAGUCGUACCAAGUACACCAUUACACCAGUGAAGAUGAGGAAGUCUGGGGGCCGAGACCACACAGGCCGAAUCCGGGUACAUGGUAUUGGCGGGGGCCACAGGCAGCGUUAUCGAAUGAUUGACUUUCUGCGUUUCCGGCCUGAGGAGACCGACUCAGGACCUUUUGAGGAGAAGGUUAUCCAAGUCCGCUAUGAUCCCUGUAGGUCAGCAGACAUAGCUCUGGUUGCUGGGGGCAGCCGGAAACGCUGGAUCAUCGCAACAGAAAACAUGCAGGCUGGAGAUAGAAUCUUGAACUCUAACCACAUAGGCCGAAUGGCAGUUGCUGCUCGGGAAGGGGAUGCGCAUCCUCUUGGGUCUUUGCCUGUGGGGACCCUCAUCAACAACGUGGAAAGUGAGCCAGGCCGGGGUGCCCAGUAUAUCCGGGCUGCAGGGACAUGUGGUGUGCUACUGCGGAAGGUGAAUGGCACAGCCGUUAUCCAGCUACCCUCUAAGAGGCAGAUGCAGGUGCUGGAAACGUGCAUAGCAACAGUAGGUCGAGUAUCCAACGUUGAUCAUAACAAACGGGUUAUUGGCAAGGCAGGUCGCAACCGUUGGCUGGGCAAGAGGCCUAACAGUGGGCGAUGGCACCGCAAGGGGGGCUGGGCUGGCCGAAAGAUUCGGCCACUACCCCCCAUGAAGAGUUAUGUGAAGCUGCCUUCUGCUGCUGCCCAAAGCUGAUAUCCCUGUACUCUAAUAAAAUGCCCCACUCCUGUUUUUA